AUGGGAAAUUCACCGAAGCAAUGGGACAAAACUGGCAUUGUCGUUGAGAAGGGCGACCACGACCAGUACGUCAUCAAAGUCGCCGGAUCAGGCCGCCUCACCACCCGCAACAGGACGUUCCUACGUUGUUUCCGCCCCAUCAUGAAGACAGGCAAGGAUCAAGACUUCCAGGAUGCUACACUGCCACCUACAAAUCACGACCCGCCUCUCAUCCCUCUUCUGACAGUGCCAUUGUCGCUGCCAGCACCAUGUCGACCAGAGCACGUCGACGUGCCUCCAUCACCUUGUCGACCUGAGCAUGGCGAACCGCCUCCAGCGCCCCGUCGGCCAGAACACGACGAACCGCCUCCAGCGCUGAGUAGACAAGAGCGGGACGCGCCUCCUGACGUCGCUGAUCCGAUUCCGUCACAUCCGCCUCCGACACCUCGUCGAAUAGAGCGCAGCACCCCGCCGAACGUCGCCGAUCCGCCUCCAGCUACCCAUCGAUCGCAGCGGAACGCUAGAGCGCCGAGAGAAUAUGUUCCAGAGACUGGACAGUGGACAUGA